AUGGCAUUCUACCAAACUCAAAAUUUCUCUUUGUAUUUCCGUAAAGACAAUGAGGAAAUUACGUACCGAAUAUUUCGUGAGGAGCGACGAAGAGAACGGGAGGAGUAUGAAAGGCGGUGGGAGGAGGAGCGAAACUGGCGUGACGAGGAGCAAAGACAACGGGAAGAGCAGCAAAGGCAAAGAGAUGAGGAGCUAAGGCUAAGAGAUGAGCAAAGGCAACGUGAAUUUGAUGAACUCAAAGCCAUGAUGAUGAAACAAAUGCAUGGACGAGACAAUAUCCUUAGCUCCUCAUCUCUUUGCCUUUGCUGCUCUUCCCGUUGUCUUUGCUCCUCGUCACUCCGGUUUCGCUCCUCCUCCCACCGCCUUUCAUACUCUUCCCGUUCUCUUCGUCGCUCCUCACGAAAUUACUCCAUCUCAGAUUGGACUUUCUGCAGCUCUUGCCGUGCUGAGUUGGAGCUGGAUUUGGAAGAAAAGGAUGAGGGCCUCGGGCCAACCCCAAAUCCCCUUACGUAA